AAAAUCAUUAUCCAACUUGUCAUCGAGCUUCUUCUCUCUUCCUCGCACCUCUGUUUCUCCUCCACACGCCAUAUUGAUUUUUCAUACAGACCCCUUCUUUAUCCAUCUCCUCUAUUCUCGUUUAGUUCAAUAACAGAUUCUGAACCGUUUCUAUCCAUUUUCGGAUCAUAAUCUCCCAAAAAAACCCUAAUUUUCGCAAUUUUGGGUCUUUUGCAAUUUGAUUUUGUGAGAUUCGAUUUCGAUUUCGAUUCAAUCCAAUUGAAUGGAGCUUCUUCGAUUUGGGGAAAAGGGUUUCUUCAAUUCACCUCACCGGAGAAAAAAAUGGCUCCUUUUGAUAGCGAUCUCCGGCGUCGUCUCCGGCUACGGAGCUUACAAGGUCUACCAUCUACCCUCCGUCGCCAGAAAGAGGCACCGCCUCGCGAAGAUCCUCGGAGCUUUCCUCUCAGUCGCCGAGCUAAUCUCCGAAUCAGCCGAGACCAUGACCAUCGUGUCGCGAGACAUGAAGGAGUUUCUCACCUCCGACUCCGACGAGAUCCCGAACAGCUUCAAACAGAUCGCGAAGAUCGCGAAUUCGAAAGAGUUUGCGGAUUCGCUCUCGAGGGUCUCUCAGGCCGUGACCAUAGGUGUCUCUCGUGGUUACAAGUCCGAGUCUUGUAGUAACGUUGUUGAUUCUGAGCCGAGUGUUGUUGAUAGAGUGGUUGAUAAGGCUUUCUCGAAAGCUGGAACUGGUUUCUUCUCUGUUGUUGUCGGUAGCUUCGCGAAGAAUCUUGUCCUUGGGUUUCGCUCCAAUGAGGGCGUGACACGUGGCGAUGAUGACACGGUAACGCCUCGGUGGUUGAGUUUGCUUUGUGAUGAGAGGAGUAGAGAGGUUUUAGCUGAGUGUAUUGAGAGGUUCACAAGUACUGCGGUGGGUGUGUAUUUGGAUAAGACGAUGGAUAUCAACGCGUUUGAUCAGAUCUUUGAAGGGAUGACGAAUCCUAAGCAUCAGGAUAGUGUUAAAGACGUUCUUGUCUCGGUUUGCAACGGUGCGAUUGAGACUGUUGUUAGGACGUCUCAUGAAGUAUUUACUACGUCGAAGUCUAGUGCCGUGGUAGAAGAAGAGAGUAACGGUGGUUGGACCGAUGCUAUCUCGAAUACAUUGGCGGUUCCAAGCAACAGAAAGUUUAUGUUUGAUGUAACGGGGAGAGUGACAUUGGAAACGACGAAGUCUAUUAUCGGAUUCUUGAUGUUGAAGACGCUUCAAGGGUUUAGAAGAAGCUUUGAUGUGGUUCAGGGAGAGGUUACGGAGAGAGGACGGCAAGUGGUUGGGUAUGUUGGAGCUAAAGCUUCUGUUAUUGUCACGGUGUGGCUCGCUUUGUACUUGCACAUCAUAAACCGAUGUGUAAGGAACUCUCCCAUUGGUGUAAGCCAGCACUUUUAGAGCAUUACUUCAGAUGAUGACGAAGGGAUUGAUUUGUUUGGAUGGAUAUAUAAAAGCUAUUGGUUAGGUACACGAGAUUCAUUCAGCUUCCUUCUUACUAUAUUUUUCAUGGUUGGAGCUGAAAACAAUUUAUAUAAUGUGUGUAUGUAUGUGCACAAACUUAUUCUUAUUGAUGGAUUAUAUAUAAACUGAGAGGGUUCUUGGUA